AUGAGCGUCGUCGACAUCAAGUCCAAGGCGCAGUUCGACGAGCUGAUCAAGGCCAACCCCUACGUCGCGCUGCAGGCCCACGCGUCGUGGUGCGGCCCCUGCAAGGCCAUCUCGCCCUUCUUCGCCAAGCACGCCGACGCCCUCACCAAGCCCGACGCCGUGGCCUUUGCCAAGUUCGACACCGACGACGUGCCCGACCUGGCCUUUGAGCUGGGCAUCCGCAGCAUCCCCGCCUUCUUCUUCUUCGAGCACGGCGACAAGGCCGACACCACCCUGCAGGGCGCCAACCCCCCGGCCCUGAAGAAGGCCGUCGAGGAGCUCGCCGCAAAGGCC